GUUUACCUUGUAAGUGACAAACCACAGGGACUAAAUUUCUAAACCUGCUUCAUUGGGACGCCCUGAGGAUGUGAAAGGCGCUACAGAGAGGCAGGUCUCCGUUGCUAUGGCGACGGCUGUUCACCCACUUCCGGUUUUGGCGACCGUGAAACCUGCCCGGGUACUUCCGGUCCGUUCCAACGGCUUCCGGGCUCCGCUAAAGGGAGGAAAAUAGAGCCGGGGUCGUCGGGGCCGCCACUGCCCCCUUCCCCCGGAGUCGGGAUUCCCGCCCGGCUUUCGCCGCCAUGGCCGAGCCUGGCAAUAAAUUUAGUGACAUCCAGCGGUACCUGUCCGACGGCCGCUUCCCCUCCACCUUCUGCCCGGCAAAGAAGAAGAACCUCAAGCGGUAUGCGCAGAAAUUCCAGCUGGAAGGUGGCUGUUUGUACUAUGUGGGGCCAAAGAAGGAUGAGAAGAGAGAAGUAGUGGCAGAUCAAGACAAGCGGCGGCAAAUAUUCCUGGAAUGUCACUUCUCUGAUAUCGGCAGCCACCUGGGUCAGAAAAAAACUGUGCACAGGAUCCAAAGCCGAUACUAUUGGUUGGGAAUUGUAAAGGAUGUUGUUGAUUGGAUUAAAAUGUGCGACACCUGCCAGCAUGCAGAACACUACAAGAAUAUGUCACGCAAGUACCCACCCUUGAAAGUGACCCGACCAUGGGAAAUCCUCGGCUUUGACCUCAUCGGUCCUUUCCCAGAAACCACCUGUGGAAAUACCUAUGUACUGACAGUCACUGACUAUUUUACCAAGUGGGUCGAAGCCAUUCCAAUAAUGAAGAAAGAUGCUUUGUCAGUAGCCAAGGGGUUGGCUACCACCUUUUACAGGUUUGGGGCUUCAAAAGACAUAUUCUCCAAUGAAAGCAGAGUAUUUUGUGAUGAGGUGAGCAAAAACCUGUUUGAAAGAUGGAACAUUAAUCACAAAGUGACUCCUGCUGAACACCUUCAGCACACAGGACUCGACGACAGAACCAAUGAAAUAUUGAAAGCAGCAAUUAGAAAUACAGUGAACUCCAAGCAGGGGGAAUGGGAUGACUGCUUGGAUCCCAUCCUGUUUGAGUUUCGGACCUCAGUAAAUUCAAGUACUAAGUUUACACCCUUUUUCCUGCUUUAUAAUCGAGAAGCUCGGCUGUCAUCUGAGGGAAAAUUUGAAAUUGCACAUGAGUACAGAUUGCCAGAAACCUGUGGUAUCAAAACUGAAAGCAUAGAUGAGUUCACCAAUUCUGUGAGUGAGCAGCAAAAUGCAGUUAAAGGAAUGGUGAUCGCUAACAUGACUGCCGCUCAUAAACGGGAAAAGAAGAAUGCAAAGAGGAAAGCCAGGAAAGGAAUUGAGCUCACUGCUGAAGAGGAGGUCUUUCCAGGCAACUCCAACCAAACAACUAAAAAGCACAAGAAAAGCCACUUUCUUUCUUUCCAAAUCGAAACAACUUUGUCCUCUGAGCACAAUGUGAAUAGUGGAUUGGUGUGAAAUGGCUUUUCAGUGAUGUACAAUAAUACCAAGGAACUGAAGGAGAGAAAUUGUUCAAAUGAAUCCUCCUUGGAAUGUCAUCUCAACAAUGGUGUAGGUGACAGCGAAGAAAUCCCAGCACACAGUCCCAGCACUGUGCGCCUGGCAUCGAGCAGUCCAAAUGCCAACUGUGAAGUUGACUGUGAAUCUGAUCAAAGCAUCUUGCAUCCAAAUUACUUUAUACACAGACAGCAUUAACUGUCAAUAGGAAAAUACUGUGGAUGCUGUUCAUUCAUUAAAGUUCAGUUGUUUGUGCUGAAUUUGCUUUACAAUUUGCACCAUGUAAAUAUCUAAUACCUGCUGAAAUCCAUCAUUGUAAAAUUAUGAGGAAUGUGAUAAAAAGUGGUUCAGUAAA